AUGAAGCUAUCAUUGUUGUGUAGCGCGACUCUCUUCACUCUGGCAACCUACGCCUUCCCUGCAAACCUUCUCAACAACGACCUCAGUGCAGAAGCUCUGGCAGAAAUCACCGAGAUAGCGGCAAAGAUCACAAGAGAGGCAGAGACUAAGCGUCAACUUGGCGCUUCUAUCCUCCCUCCUGGGUUCGACGCAGAUGCUCAACGUAUCAGCACCACUGGCAAAUGGCGAUACAUUCCACCAGGUCCAGAUGACAUUCGUGGGCCAUGCCCUGGUUUGAAUGUCAUGGCGAACCAUGGCUAUCUUCCCAGAAAUGGUAUUGCUUCAGUCGUGCAGAUGACUCUCGCAUCCAACGAAGUGUUCGGUAUGGGGCUUGAUCUCUCCGCCUUCCUGUCAGUGUACGCCUCUGUUAUGGGUGGAAACAUCACUGCAGCUUCCAUUGGCGGUAAGCCAAAGAGGCAAGAAGGACUUCUUGGUCUUGUUGGCGGACUCGUUACCGGAUUGGACCUCCUUGGAGAACCGCAAGGUCUGAGUGCGACACACAACCGCUUCGAGGCCGACUGUUCUCCUACGCGAGCGGACUUGUACAAAACUGGCGACCCAGUGUCCCUCAACGUUCCCCAAUUCGAGCAACUCUAUGCCAUGCCCCUCGGUCCCAAUGGCUACGACCUCACAGUCAUGCAUCCCUUCCGCGGCAAGCGAUUCAAGGACUCCGUCGCUACCAGUGAUCGGAAUGGUCUGGUCUGA